UUUGGCACUGUUGGACAAAUUCUAUUCGUUAAAUAUAUAAUUAAAUGAGUAAUAUCAUUAAUCAUUGUGCAGAAACUUUAAUAUCGUUGCAAGACAACAAAUCCACUUACUCGACUACUCUUUUUCUAGCUCUGUUCUACUAAUGAAUUGUUAAUAUAGUUUGGUAAUUGCUCUUAUCGAAGAAUUUACUCAUUCGGUUCUGUUUAAAAAGAUGUUAUUGCUUUAUUAAUAAGAGCUAUUGGUGUAAAAAAAACAACAUAAAUUUCUUCUUUCAAACUGCAUACAUCUAUGACUCGAGAUUCAUCAAUUUAUAUUUACAGACACUAAACGAAACAAUUUCUAAGCUUAAUUUAAUAGCUUUCCUUGUCAAUUUGCGUCUCCAUAUGGGCCAUUUAUUCAAUUUAUACAUAUGUACAUAUUGUUUGGGCAACUGUCAAACAAUGAUAACAGAAUGAGUUUGUUUAAAUGAACAUUAAGUGUUAGGCACCCGUUCAUUAUGUUACUACGCUUGCCCCUGGUGCUAGCGCGCUUUCUGCACAAUGGACGGCUGCGAAUGCUGUUCCUGGGGCUAAUGCUUCUGCUGUUGAUGAGCAUACUGCUAACAUAUAGAUGGCAAACAAAUGUACAGCUCUGCUUCAUUGAGACCGAGCCGAUGGAAUCGGCAUCCAGUGGUCCAGUAACAGAUGGCAAUGCGCCAGUACCAAGAAUUUUGGACGAUGUGCUAACAACAGAGCCAAAGCCAAUACCUGGACACAGCAUUUUCUUUCAUGAGACCAGCUGCCAUCGGCCAAAACGCAAAAGACAGCGUCCUGAUUCACAGUACAAUAUGUUGCAGUUGACGGCUCGACAGGCCUGCGCCAUUGAAUCGGCCGCAUUGCACAAUCCGAAUUUUCAAGUUUUUGUCCUAUUUGCUAGUCCCACCUAUCUACAUUAUGGCAACAGCAGCACAGGCGGCAGCAGUGGCUAUCAGCGCCAUCAGUCGAUUAUCGAUGCAAUUCUUAGCUAUAAAAACGUACAUCUACGACAAUUGAAUCUUUGGCGGUAUGCAGCCGGCACGCCCAUUGAGGAAUGGUUAAAGGAUGGACGCCUGUUUCGUUCAAGCUAUCUUUUCUCGCAUAUAUCAGACUUUUUGAGAUUUCUAACUCUAUACCGGUAUGGUGGCAUCUAUUUAGAUAUGGAUGUGGUUAUGCUGCGCAGCAUGGAGGAUGUGCCGCCCAACUAUACUGGCGCCGAAUCAAAUACUCAUUUGGCCGCUGGUGUCAUGAGCCUGGCACCAACUGGCUUUGGCCAUGAGAUUGCCGAGGCGUGUCUGCAAGAUUUCCAAAGGAAUUUCGAUGGCAGUGACUGGGGUAACAAUGGACCUGGUGUUAUAACGCGUGUCGCUCAAAAGAUUUGUGCCACCAAGGACAUUUCACUAAUGCUAGAGGAUCGAAAACGCUGUCGUGGUUUCAAGGUAUUCGAUCGUAAUGCCUUUUACGCCGUACCCUGGAAGCACUGGCGGCACUUCUUCGAACCGCAACUGCUCGAACAGACGAUGGCCCAUACGAAAGACUCGUUUCUGGUGCACGUGUGGAACAAGCACUCCAAGCAGUUGGCUAUCAAGGUUGGUUCGAGUACCGCCUAUGGCAAGUAUGCAGAGCAACAUUGUCCCAGGGCGUAUGCAGCGGCUGGCGACUAUUUCUAGUGAGCCAAUAACUUAAAGUUCAACAUGACCAAAGAGUUAGGCAGAAUUAGGUAAGUUAAGUUCAAUUUGUUUUAAACGAUUUGUUAGCAGAGUACAUUUUUUAGCACCAAAGUGAAGAGAGAGAGAGAAUAACAAAAAACAAAAACAAAAUAGCGAGAGCAGUAUUUAUAAUCGAACAAAAUAAAAAAAAAAAAGUAUUGAAUAUGAGCUAAACAAAAAUGAAACAAUUCUAUAUAUGUUCAUUCAUCGUCGGUUUGCCGCAGACGGAAAUUCAUUACGAACACUUCAUACUAUCCAUUUAUAUCUUUUCUGUCCAUAAGGCCAACAACAAACAAUAAAUUUGAGAGAUAUUUGUUGUUAGGCAAGUACCUCAGGGUCUUUUUAGUAACUAUCGACAUAUAGAUUUUAAAAAUCAGCUAAUCUCAAAUUCAAUUUCUUACACUUGAUAUCAGUGCUAUUUCAUUAGGCUGGCAUUGGUGCUGAGUUUUGGCCCUUGUCUAUCUUGAAUCUCUCGAUUUCAACCUAUAUAUAUUUGUAUUUAUAUGUCCUAUAUCCAUACUCUAAGAAUACAAAACAAAAUUAUACAAUUUGCAAGCAUAUUCAAAUGUAUCAUGUUUGUUGACUGUCCCAUCCAAUGGAAUAUGUGAAUAAAUUAUACAGUAAAAUUUCAUAUAUAUAUUCAAAUGUAUCAUGUUUGUUGAUUGUCCCAUCCAAUGGAAUAUGUGAAUCAUUUAUACAGUAAAAUUUCAUUCCAACUGUAAGCAGAGAAUAUUUUAUAUCCGAAUCUGUACUUAUUGUAGUUCAAAUAAUUUCGUAACUGAGAUGCAAAGUCGUGUUUAGUUUUUCUAUGAAUGUAUACAAAAUCUUUUUCGUGUAAAAUAGUUGAAAUAUAUCAAUCUGUGAGUUUCUGUGUAUACUCCAAAAAUACAAAACAAAAUUAUUUUGAUCUCUC